AUGGGUCCUGCCAGUGGUAUCUCUUCCGUCGAGUGGAAGUUUCUCGCGGGCAUCGUCGUCGUCGCCUUCAUCGUGCGCAUGUGGAAGAUUGGCCAGCCCAGCAGCGUCGUCUUUGAUGAGGUGCACUUUGGAGGAUUUGCGUCAAAGUACAUCAAGCAGCACUUUUUCAUGGACGUACACCCACCGCUGGCCAAGCUCAUGAUCGCCUUUGUCGCAUGGAUCAAUGGCUUCCACGGCAACUUCGACUUCAAGGACAUCAGCAAGGAGUACCUCGUCGGGGAAGGCACGCCCGUGCCCUACGUCGCAAUGCGCAGCAUGAAUGCCAUCCUGGGUGUGGCGACCGUGCCCUUGGCCUACCUCACCCUGCGUGCUCUGUCGCUGCGAGCCACUUCGGCCAUGGUCGGUGCGCUCCUCGUCACCUUUGACAACGCUCUCGCGACGCAGUCCCGCCUCAUCCUCCUCGACUCGCCCCUCGUCUUCUUCACCGCCUGGACCACCUACGCCUGGGUCUCGUUCUGCAACGAGGAGCGCCGGAGAGCUUUUACAAGCACCUGGUGGUCAUGGCUCGCGCUGACUGGCUUCGGUCUCGGCUGCGUCGUCUCCGUCAAGUGGGUGGGCCUCUUUACCAUUGCGACGGUCGGCGUCUGCGUCCUCGUGCAGCUCUGGUCCCACCUGGGCGACGUGCGCCAGCCGCUCUCGACGAUCAUUCGGCACUUCUUCGCCCGCUUCCUCUGCCUCAUCAUCAUUCCCUUCAGCGUCUAUCUCUGGUGCUUUGCCGUGCACUUGGCCGUACUCAACCGCAGCGGCGACGGCGACGGCUUCAUGUCUUCGGCCUUCCAGCACACGCUCAAGGGCCACGGCAUGCGCGACACGUACGCCGAUGUGGCCCUCGGGUCAACGGUCACGAUCCGCCACCUCAACACCCAGGGCGGCUACCUCCACUCGCACCCGCACAACUACCCCACGGGCUCGGGCCAGCAGCAGAUCACCCUCUACCCGCACGUCGACGAGAAUAACGAGUGGAUCAUCGUCAAGGCGCCCGGAGCCGACGACCCACCGCCGCCGACGGACAAGGACGGCGUGCCGCUGCCCGUGGCAGGCCCCCACGAGGCAGAGAAGCACUGGAAUGCUACCCUCGACUACCUCCAGCACGGUACAGAGAUUCGCUUUGUGCAUCGCAAGACCAACAAGCGCCUGCAUUCCCACGACCACCGACCACCGAUCACCGAGGCCGACUAUCAGAAUGAGGUCUCGGCGUAUGGCUUUGUCGACGAGGAGGGAAGGACUUUUGCCGGCGACAGCAACGACCACUGGAUCGUCGAGAUUGAACGGGGCGACUCGUCGGACUCGCAGAGCACCAAACGGGUCCGCGCUCUUCGCUCCGUCGUCCGUUUCCGUCACACAUUGACGGGCGCCUACCUCUUCUCGCACAAGAUCCCGCUGCCCGAUUGGGGCUACGGCCAGCAGGAAGUCUCGGCAAAUAAAGCAGUGGGCGCACCACGAGCACCCAGAAAGAAGUAG